AUGAAGAGCUCCCUCCUUGCUAUUCUAGGUGGUGCGUCCACCGCCCUUGCCGCCGUCAAGGGGUACAACUAUGCCUCUCAAGGUCAAACCUACGACUCGUUUCUGAGCCAAUUCAAGACCGCCGCGUCCCUGGCUGGCACCAGUGACUUUACCAGUGCAAGAUUGUAUACGAUGAUUCAGGAAGGGACAACCGACACCCCAAGCUCUGCAUUCCAGGCUGCCAUUGAUACCAAGACAACCCUUCUGUUGGGCCUGUGGGCGUCCGUAGACCAGACGGCCUUCAACAACGAACUCAACGCUCUCAAAUCGGCCAUUUCCCAGUACGGUUCGGAUUUUGCAGACCUUGUCGUUGGUAUCUCGGUGGGAAGCGAGGACCUCUACCGCAUCUCCCCCACUGGCAUUGCCGCCAACAGCGGCAUUGGUCAGUCCCCUGACGUUCUGGUCGACUACAUCAGUCAGGUCCGCGACACCAUCAAGGACACCUCUCUUGCCUCUGCCCCUGUUGGUCACGUUGACACCUGGAAUGUCUAUGUCAAUGCCACCAAUAACCCAGUCAUCGACUCCUGCGAUUUCCUGGGUCUCGAUGAAUACCCCUACUUCCAAACGACCGAUGCCAACAGUAUAGACAAUAGUGGUUUCCUUUUCUUCCAGGCCUACGACAAGGUCGCAGCCGUUGCCCAGGGGAAGCCCAUCUGGAUUACCGAGACUGGAUACCCAGUGUCUGGACCCACCUCUAAUCUCGCUGUGCCCGGCGCGGAUGACGCUGCAGAAUACUGGCAGCAGGUUGCGUGUGCCCUCGAAAACCGGGGCAUCGAUUUCUGGUGGUAUAUUCUCGCUGACGAGGGUGCCUCUCCAUCGUUCGGCGUGAGUAGCAACGGUAAACCCCUUUACAACCUCGCCUGCAAUUCGACAGCAGGCUACACAUCUGCUUCAUCAAGCGCAUCGGCUACCUCUGGAUCUGGCAAUGGCACUGCAACCUGGCACAACUCUGGUUUAUCGACUUCCACGGCCACCGGCAGUGCUUCGGCCACGACAGGAGGUAGCAGCCCCAGCGGUGCUUCCGGGGCCACUGCAACUGGAUCUCUCAUAUCUGGUGCGACCGGGCAGGCUUCUGGCUCUGCUGCCGCAACCGCGACCGCAACUACCGCCGAGGAAUCGUCUAGUACUUCCGCUUCAACUUCCUUCACGGGAGCUGCUUCUAGGGCCGACGGAUCCAUGGCAGGUCUAGCAAUUGGCGCCCUCGCCGCUGCUUUGUUCUGGUAG